AAACUGAGCUCUUGCCGUUUCUUAACCUAGUUGAAUAUGUGUUUGUAACGUAUAGUGUAUCUCCAUAAUUACUCAGUCAGUGACUUUUGGGAAGGUGUUCCAUAACAGAAGAUUGUCUUCUGUCGCUCAAUCCUUGGAUGAGUCUCGAAUGAGGUUAGGAGCAAGAACUAUGAUGAAGAUAUAUGAAUUUUCGCAAAAGAGACUUUAAGAAAAUGACUUCGAUAUUCAAGGGUUCUCCGCCUCAAGAGGGCAUCAAGAGAAGGCUUCUUCUCGCGCUCUCUUUAGGAGCAUUCCUUUUAAUUUCAUCCAUUGCGCUGAUCCUCACAGAUCCCAUGUGGGCCAUCGCCAAAUACAAAUUUCGUCUUGCCAAUGGAAGUAUACUCCAUGAGCUCUUGUCAUCGGAGAUGGAAGGUGGAAGGUUCGCGGUGUACCUGUUCAACAUAACUAACCCUGACCGGUUCCUAUCGGGCGAAGACCCAUACCUUAAACUUGACGAAGUGGGUCCGUUUACUUAUUUAGAAUACCGAACUCACUCUGAGUUGCAGUUUGACAGAGAAGCCGGAGUAAUGUUGUACACUCCGCGGAUGCGAUCUGUGUUUGUUCCUGAAGAAUCUAUCGGGAACCCUGAAGAAAUUUUCCUCACCAUGCCCAAUAUACCAAUGCUAAGCGCAACAACAAUGAUCCGAUCAUCGCCCGUCUUCAUUCGUAAUAUCUACAACAUAGUCGCCCGCCAAUACGGAUCCCAGCCCAUCGUGAAGUUGGCAGCCAGUAAAUACUUGUGGGGCUACAAGGAUCCUGUCCUGACCUUCGCUAACAGCUUGGUGCCUGGUCUCAUAUAUUUUAACACUACUGGAAUUAUGGAUAGAUUGUAUGAUAAGAACGUACACUAUCACAUGGAAUUGGGAACUAAUGAUGAUGAUAAAUUCAAGAUUAAGAGAAUACAUAAAUAUACUCGACUCCACCCUGAGUCUGAAGUUUUUGAUGAAAGUAUACUAACUUUCAACGACACCUAUGAAGGCAUGGCAUACCCACCGAUGAUUGGCACGAACACACCAAUCAACAUAUUUAGAUUAGGCAUCUGCAAGUCCUUCGAGAUGGAAUACCACGGCAAUAAGACGUCGGAAUACGGCCCGAAUGCUUUCGUGUACAAAUUUAAUGAGAAGAUGUUCGAGAACAAUCUUUGCGAUGUUAAGGGGGCUUGCCCUAAAGGCGUCAUGGAUUUGUCAGCUUGCUUUUAUGGUUUGCCCAUGGGAUUAUCAAAGGGGCAUUUAUUGGAUGCUGAUCCAAAACUGUUCGAUCGCAUCAAGGGCUUGAAGCCAGAUCCCGAAAAACAUUCUAGUCACUUAGUCAUAGAACCGAAAAUUGGAUUGACUCUAGAAACGUCAUGGUCACUACAAGCAAACAUCUUUGUUGGAGAUAUCACAUACAACGCUGAAGCUAAGAUGUUUUCCAAUAUGAUCCUUCCUAUAGCACAUUUCAAGAUUAAACAACCUCACCUGCCGUCAAUAGCUAUCACAGCGCUGCGUAUGAUGUAUAUAACGGUUCCAAAAGCGCUCUUCAUUACCGAAAUACUUCUGAUGCUCUCUUGUUUGCUGCUCUUAGUCUACUCAGCGUGGUUGAUGCACUGGAAACGAGUUCACAAAAAACAGUCACUGUCAGAGAAAGAACUGCAGAUAUCCAGCCGAAUGGCCAAUGAGCCUUUGAUGAGUUAUUUGACGAUAAAUUAAUGUGUCCCACUUUUAAAACCGGAAUACAACUGCUUCGCAGCAAAGGGAAACGUGAUGGUACCUACCAGCUCUGAUCCACAAAUUGACUACUUGGAAUCUGGUAGCCGAACGUAGACCAUUCAAACGGUUCGCUCAACCCUCAAUAUCAAGUUACAUGAUGCUCUCUCUGAUGCAAAAGACAGACACAGGUGGAGAAACAUCAUCAAAAGAAAGUUAACCUCUCAUCGUGGAAUUGCCGACUCUUAGUAAUGAGGAAGAUGCGAUAUUGGAAAACGACAAAGGGAAGAUUUGCCAACAACCGGGUCUUAUUACUCGGUAGACCGACUCCACGGUUGUUAUUGGGUCUAUAUACCUGCAAGGCUAUUCUGAAAAUGUCAUUAGGGCGAUUCAGAUUCAUGUUGUAUUUCCUCUAUUCUACGAUAUUUACCGCUACGACUAGAACUGCAUUACCGAAUACUGACUAAAGAUCGAUUAGUACUGUGCUUGUAGGUGUUGUAAAGAGCACAUUAAGAGUUGGGGAUGGGUCCUCAUGUCUAAUAGCGGGUGGUUGCCUUCACUUACGAAUGCCUAUGAGUUCCGGCAUCUAGAAUAAAGUUCCGAGUUAACGCACAAAAAAAAGUGCAAGCUAAUUAUGAAUAUCCUCCUUCCAUUCUUUUUAGAAGUCGGUUAUAAAUAAAAAUGAAGUACUCCGCAGUACUUCAUUUUUGUUCGGAUUACAUAAUUUGUUAUCGGAGUCCGUCUCUUUGUGAAAAACAGUUUGUAUUCUGUACACCGAACCCUCUGCAAAUUCAACACGUCUCAUUCCAUAUCAUUUAUGUGCAUCGUAUUUGAGUAAAAAUUCAAAUAAAUCAAACGCAUUUCAUUCUAAAUCAUUUACUUAUAACAUAGUUUAUUUAUACAAGUGUUUUCCGAGCGC